UUAACCUUAAACCCCUUAGAAGGUUUCUGAUGGCAGAUAAAGUGCCGCUAAUUGAAUUCAUUGACGAUGAAUCAGAGGAUUGUACUCAGGAUUCAAAGGCAUACUCUUGGAUAAUAGAUAUUAAAUUAAAAUCCCCUGUCAUCUGUCUGCAAAGAUGUCGGACCCGAAAACGAAUUCUGGACCUUUUACUGUAUUCGAUUAUCCUUAUGCUAGUUAUUAUCUCCUAUUUUAUAUGUUAUUCCAUAAUUGGUAUGGCUGAGUUCCAGUCCCUCUCUAUCGCGCAAGUUCAUUCUCAAUUUGAUAGUCCGGUAAUGGACGCUGCCGAUGACACUCUACGCCCAACAACAACGCUACCAUUCGAUCAGACAAUAAAUCAGACAAUCCUUAUGCCGCGGAACUAUCUCGUGUACAACAGCCACUGCCGGAUUAGCAGCCUGAAUCCCUACAAGUGGGAAGUGAUGCGCCAUUUCAACCCCAUUGCCUACAACCAUUGCAAGACACGCCCACCCCUUACCCAAGUGCGCUACGAUCUCUCCACUCAAGGCUACGUGUUAAGCGUUGAUCCCAUAGCGUUUCCAAGCUACAACGUGGGCAACACUCUGAGUUGCUGUUACCAGGAUGUGGAGCGCAUCAAUGAGACAAAUGUCAGCCUUACACCAUGUCAAGCAUUCACAACUAACGCUCAGCUAUCCAAUACAACUGACAGCAUCAUUGUCAGUUGUUAUUCGGAAAAGGAGCAAAUUUAUAUUAACGGACAUCCAACUAUUCCGGAACGGCAGGCAGUAAGAAUAAGACUUAAUCAGUGGGCUCACAAGGAUCGAGGUAGGCGUGUGCCCAGCGUGCUGAUGAUUGGCAUUGACAGCAUCUCUCGGGUGAAUCUCAUACGUGCAAUGCCCAAGACAGCACAGUAUCUCUACGACAACGAUUGGUUUGAACUGGCGGGCUAUAACAAGAUCGAUGACAACACAUUUCCCAACAUAAUGGCCCUAAUGGUGGGCUAUAAUCUGAGUAAUGCCAUGAAGCACUGUAGUCCCUACAAGGUGAAUGGCCUUGAUAAGUGUGACUUCAUUUGGAAACUAUUUAAAGAGCAUGGCUAUGUGACUGCUUAUGGAGAGGAUGCAGUAAAGAUCAACACCUUCAACUACCUAAAGAAGGGCUUUCAGCAACCACCAGUCGAUUACUAUUUGCGUCCAUAUCUCUCUGCAGCAGAGAAAUUACUUGGGGGCAACAUAGUGCUCGGACUGCCCCACUGUGUCGGCUUUGAGACGGAAGCGGAGCACGUUUAUAACUAUGCUCUAGAGUUUGCAAAACGUUAUCGCAACGAUAGCUUCUUUGGCUUCUUCUGGACGAACACACACAGCCACAGCGACAUUUCGCAGACCAGCUCCAUGGACGACUAUCUGAGAGGGUAUCUGCAGCGUCUGGUGUCCCAGGGCACCAUGGAGCACAGCAUUGUGGUCUUCUUCAGCGAUCAUGGACUUCGCUUUGGCCCCACCCGAGCCACCUGGUCUGGUCACGUCGAGGAGCGUCUGCCCUUUCUCUUCAUCUGGCUGCCUCCAUUUAUGCGCAAGGCACAUCCCGAGUUCGUUCAAGCUCUGCAGCAGAAUCGCAAUCGUCUGACUACUCCCUAUGAUCUUCACAUCACACUAAAGCACAUUCUUAGCCUCUCGGGUCGCAUUGGCAGUCUGCAGUCGUUGGGCGGCGCCAAAGAUUGCCCCAAAUGUCAGAGUCUGCUUCAGCCGGUGACGUUGAAGCGCAGUUGCGAGGAUGUCGCCAUUGCGGAUCACUGGUGCACUUGCUGGGACUUCCAAAAGUAUGAUAUGAACUCCAAUCAACUAACUUACUUGGCCGAGCGUGUAGUGAACUAUAUAAACGAUUAUGUGAGCAACUUCGACAAUGGCAGUCUGGCUAAUCUCUGCGAGCCACUUUCUCUGGGGCACAUCCAGUCAGCUUAUAAAGCCCAGCCCAAUGAAAUUGAUGACAGCGAUAUGGAGAUAUAUUGGCUGAUCUUCGACACGUCACCCAAUAAUGCGUACUAUGAGACAACAGUGCGCUAUAAUCGUAGCCUCCCAGAGAAGGACAAUAUGCUGAUUAGCCGUUCUCCGAGUCGUUUAGAUGGAUAUUAUAGUAAACCCAAAUGCGUAAAAGUAUUUUCUAUUGAGAAAUAUUGUCACUGUCGACGCUAACCCAAUUUGUGGAAAAUACUUUAAUUAUAAAGUUUGAUUAGAAAACCAUAAAAA